GCAUACAAAAUUACAAAGCAGCGUUAUCAACCACUGUUCAGUUUCGAACCCACGUUUAUUCUCUCUCUCUCUCUCUCUCUCCAAAUCAGAUCUCUCUCUCUCCCUCUCUUCGGUUUUGGUCGCCGACAACCCCUCCCUCGACAAUCUCUCGCUGGUUGAACAGUCGUCGGAGGGGGCUAUUCAUAACUCUACGCGCUUUGAGUUGAUUGAAGACUUUGAUUGGAUCUGUCAGACCUUGGAUCUUGUUUUGAAUGGCCGGGGUCGGAGGCAAUGGUGCCUCAGCAGCUGCACCUCUAAAUCAAUGGAGGCAUGAUGGAUGGAAGCUUUUCCAGUACUAUUUGGAUAAAACUACUCCCCACGCUGUCUAUAGAUGGAUUGGAACGUUUGUUGUGGCAUCCCUCUAUGCUCUGCGGGUUUUUUACAUUGAAGGGUUUUACAUUAUCACAUAUGGUGUGGGUAUCUAUAUAUUAAAUUUGUUGAUUGGGUUUUUGUCGCCUCUUGUUGACCCUGAACUGGAGCAUUCUGAUGGGCCAAUAUUACCGACAACAGAUUCAGAUGAAUUCAAGCCUUUCAUUCGGCGCCUUCCAGAGUUCAAAUUCUGGUACUCCAUCACCAAGGCCUUCUGUGUAGCAUUUGUCAUGACCUUCUUCUCCAUGUUUGAUGUCCCUGUAUUUUGGCCUAUAUUACUGUGCUACUGGAUCGUUCUGUUUAUCCUCACAAUGAAGCGCCAAAUCGUGCACAUGAUCAAAUACAGAUACAUCCCAUUCAGUAUUGGGAAGCAGAAGUACAGCCGCAAGAAAUCUUCUGCAAGUAGCAGUGGCUCCCGAGCAGACUGAAGCUUUUGCUGCCUUUGUAACUAGACUUAAUGUGAAGGUUGCGGGGAGAAAACAAAACAGUUGAAACUUUCAUUUCUUUAGUUUUAUUGUAAGCAAUGUGUAAUUUACCUAAUUAUGUAUUCUACACCAAGUAGUUGCGAACAUAUAGUAAAGUUUAUCCUCACUUCUUUUCCUACCAUAA